AUGGACGACUUGGGAAGAAGAUAUGAGCGAUCAGACGUAACUCGUAAUCAACCAUUGUUGUCAUCCCCUGAAUGGUUUGUAUAUGCUUUAACGUUCUUAUCAUUAAAAUUUCUUAGGUACACAGCUUUUUCGGAGCUCUUACCUCUUCUAGCAGUCGGCACUACUCCGGCUUUGAAAAUUAAAAAGAUUUCUCAAUCCAUUGACAGCAAAAAUAGAACCAUAGUCAAUACGACAACCCUUGCUAGUCCAUUUGCUACUCUCUCUUUCAGUGCAUCAGCUUCAUUUGAAGUACAAAGUCCAUCCAGGAUUCAGGUUCAGUUCAAAGAGGGAGCCCUUCAGCUUCCGGAAGUAUCAUCAACUGUGAAUCUUCCUGAAAAAUUUGAAAUAUUUGGACAGAAGAUUGAUCUGCAUCCUGUUGAACGGGCACUGAAUCCAUUACAGCAGGCUGUCGCCAACAUCUUCCGCGUUAUAUCUGGCCAGCCACCUCUCAGGCUUCCAAUUCCUGGAAACAGGGCGAAAUCUUGGCUGUUAACAACCUAUCUUGAUCGGGAUUUUAGAAUUUCAAGAGGAGACGGUGGCCUGUUUGUGCUCGCCAAGGAAGGAAGCCCUUUGCUACAGCAACUCUCAUGAAAUCUGUUUGGACUCGUAUGUAAGAAUUUUAUAAGCAUUGUUAAGAAUUUGAGUUCGAAUCUCAUUUAUGUCGUGAUAAAUGACAUUUUGUCCAGUUUUUGGUAGGAUCUUUAUUUUAUUUCUGAUUUGUGAAAAAAAUUGCAUCUUUUAGCAUUGAAUAA